UUUCAGAUUUUGUUGUCAUGAUUGUUUUUGUUUCUUUCGUUUUAAGGAAUUUGUGAAUUAAGUUUGUGAGUUGCUGUGAAAAAUGGGCCUGCUUUCGGAUCCGUCGAUCUCGACGCAGAACAAGCUGGUGGAUAAUUUGGCGAAGCAUGUGCGCAAGGUGUGCUGCGGCUUGUACGUCCUCGGUGUGGUCUGGCUCGGCUGCCUGGCCCUGCCCGAGUUCAACCACGGCACAUACCUAUCGGAGAACGCCCUGUCGCCAGGUCUGGUCUACCCGGAGAUCCGCCUCGAUGCGAAUCGUCUGGCCAUCCAGCUGCUGGAGGAGCUGCAGCGCGAACGCAAGGAGCACAAAUCGACCACGCCGCACGCCUGGAUUGCGGCCAAACUGAAUGAGUUUGGCCUGGAAACGCACACGCACAACUACACGCUGCGCUAUCCCUUUGGUGGGGGCAAUGAGUAUCAUGGCAAGAACAUUUACGGCAUUCUCCGCGCACCCCGCAUCGCCAGCACCGAGGGCAUUGUCUUCACCGCUCCCUACCGUGCGCCCUCAUCCGUGCACCCGGAUAUCUCGCCCAGUGUGCCGCUGCUGCUGGCAUUUGCAGACUUUGCCAGACGCAAAAACUAUUGGGCCAAGGAUCUGAUAUUUCUGAUCACCGAGCAGGAGCAGCUGGGCAUGCAGGCCUGGCUGGAGGCCUACCACGAUGGCGACCGUGUGCUGAACGUGAGCAAGGCCUACCUGCUGCCAGGCAAUCUGCCAGCGCGUGCAGGCUCCCUGCAGGCGGCGCUCAACAUCGAAGUGCAAGAUCUGGAAGUUGACUAUGUGGAUGUUAAGAUCGAGGGCCUCAAUGGCAAGCUGCCCAAUCUGGAUAUGUUCAACUUGGUGCAGCGCAUUAUGGCGCGGGAGGGCAUCACUUCCGGGUACAAGCAGACGGCGCGCAAGAAGCGUCGCUCCAGUCCGUCGCUCUUCGAGAAGAAUCUGCGCCAAAUGCUGGCCAUGCUGGCGACACAGUCCUCGGGCGUGCCCAAUGGCAAUCACGGACUGUUCCAUCGCUACCGCAUCGAUGCUCUGACCAUUGCCGCUGCCAAGCGACAAACGCAUGCCACACUGAAGGGUAGCGCCGGCUCGGCGGCUGUGCCGCUUCUAAAAGCCAUCGAGGGCAUUGCGCGCAGCCUCAACAAUCUGCUGGAGCGCUUCCAUCAGAGUUUCUUCUUCUAUGUGAUUGUGAACAAUGAUCGGUACAUCUCCAUUGGUGACUACAUGCCCGCCCUGGUGGCCCUCGUCGCUUGCGCGUUCUUCAAGGCAUAUUUGACAUGGUCAACGCUGGACUCUGAGGUGCAACAGGCAGCUGCAGCGACAGUUAAAACAGCUGAGACACAGACUGGCAGUGGCAGUGGCAGUGGCGUUGAGGCUGAAACAGACAGCGAUACAGAGCUGGAGGAUGGACUGCCGUAUGGCUCUGUGCUGGUCUAUCUGACGGCCGUGCUGCUCAUUGGGUAUCUGGGGAAUGUGCUGCCACUGCAGCAGUACUUCCUGGAGAUACCGAUGGGCGCUGCGCCACUGACCACCUCCGUGCUGAGCUUCCUCACUCUGAUCGGUUUGAUUCUGCCCUUUGUCGUUGUCCUGCCAGCGGGUGGACUGGAACUGCUGCACGUGGGUUUCCUGCUCAUCUUCGGCUGCUCGCUGAUCAUCAUUGGAUUGCUCAACUUUGCUCUCGGCUUCUUUGUGGCCGUCAUCACGGUGCCGGUGGUGAUUGCCCUGGACACCAGCGAGCAUAACUGCAACGGAUCCAUGCGCAAUCUGACGCGUUUCAUCACUCUGCUCCUCAAUCCCAUGGUGGUUGUCUAUGUCAUUGUUCUGGCCAUGAGCUUCUAUCAGUAUCCCGAGCUGAAGCUUGACAAACUGCUCUUGCGCGCAGCCACCGCCGCCAUGGAUGCCUCCGCUUAUGGACUCAUUGACAAUGUGAUAUAUGGCAACUGGUUGUACUUUGUUGUUAGCACGGUUUUCCUGCCCCUGUGGAUACUCUGCUGGACCCUGUCCCUCUCCAAGCGUCGUGACAUUGCCGACUACUCGGACUAUGAGGAGCAGCAGCCUCGCAAGCCUGAGCCACAGACAGCAAAGUUUAAGACCAAUUAAACUAUAAACAAUUGUAUUCCAUUAUUUUGGCAACUGAGAUUCCAUUUACUUAUUUAGAUGAAUGUCCAAAGAAAAUUACAUAUAAAUAUAUUUGAGCUGGUAAAUGUUUCAGCGAAAACCAAUCAA